AUGGAAGAGACCUGCCGGCCUGAGGGCUUGGUGCCUCCAGGCCGCCUGGGGGUGCCGUACUCCGAGGCCUGGGGAUACUUUCACCUGGCCCCGUCGCGACCCGGGCACUGGUCGGGCCACUGGGCCACCUGCCGGCUGUGCGGAGAACAGGUGAGGUGUAGCCUGGGCUUCCACGCGGGGACUCCGGUGCUAUGGAAACACCUGAAGAGCGCGCACCAGAGAGAACUGGAUAAGAGCUGCGUUCGCCGCGAGUCACCCGUUGUCCCUUGCCCGCCUCCCCAUGUCGCCCCCAUCGCGGCCGCCGAGGGCGACUGGGCGCGCCUGUUGGAGCAGAUGGGAGCGCUGGCUUUUCGCGCCAGCCGGCGCGAGCGGGAGCUGGAGCGGCGUGAGGCAGCGGUGGAGCAGGGCGAGCGCGCACUGGAACAGCGGCGCAAGGCGCUGCAGGAGGAGGAGCGCGCUGUGGCCCAGGCGCGGCGGGAGCUGCAGGCGGAGCGGGAGGCUCUGCUGCGGGAAGUGAGCCGUCAGGAAUGCGCUUUGAGCCUGGCCCCAGUCCCGGCGCAGACUCCACUCAAAGAGGAAGCGGAUGGGGAGAGGGAGGAUUACAUAGUAACCAAAAUCUUCCUGUAG